AUGUCUCUUUCGCUCUGCUUCACCCCAGUAAUCCACCACUCCAAACCCUCCACUCGAAGAAUCCCACUUCACAAACCUCCAAAAGACCGUAUCAGAAUCUCUGUCAGGCCAAGAAACCACCCCACAUACUCGAGAUUCUCCUGUAAUAUCAACCAUCGAGGUGUCGGUGAAAGCUUUGAGAACUUAGCUGGAGGAGUUGUACCUCCUGAGAAGGCCAGAUGGGAAGAUUGGCUGGCCGCUGCUGCUAGCUUGUACCCUCUCUAUGUGACUGCUGGUGGGGUGGUGGCCUUUUUUAGACCCACCACUUUUUCUUGGUUUGUGAAUUUGGGCCCAACCUCUUAUGGCUUGACUCUUGGGUUCAUAAUGCUGGCAAUGGGGAUUACGCUGGAGCUCAAAGAGUUGAUUAAUUUGUUCAGGCAAAGGCCGUUAUCCAUUCUCUACGGCUGUGUUGCACAAUACACAAUAAUGCCUGCUUUCGGAGUGAUUGUUAGCAAGUUGAUGGGGCUUUCACCUUCACUGUCAGUUGGUUUAAUAUUACUAUCAUGUUGUCCAGGCGGAACAGCAUCCAAUGUGGUAACUUUAAUAGCUCAAGGAGAUGUCCCACUGUCAAUUGUAAUGACGGUAUGCACCACACUUGGGGCUGUGAUUCUUACCCCUCUCCUGUGUAAGAUCCUUGCCGGAACUUAUGUCCCUAUUAACGCAGUUAAUCUUUCCAUGAGCACUUUACAGGUGGUAGUUGCUCCAAUUCUGUUAGGUUCUUAUCUGCAGAGCAUGUUUCCUAAAUAUGUGAAACUAGUGACUCCUUUUGCCCCACUGCUAGCUGUUCUAUCUUCCUCAUUGCUUGCUUGCAGUGUAUUCUCAGAAAAUGUUGCUCGUCUGAAGUCCUCGGUUUUUGGUGCAUCAUUAUCAUCCGAUCUUUCUCCAAUUCAUCGUGCUCAAGCUAUGAUUUCAGGAGAGUUGGGUGCUAUAGUACUUUCAGUUCUAUUGCUUCAUUUUGCAGGUUUUUUUGUAGGGUAUAUAUCUGCAGCUUUUGGUGGAUUUAAGGAGCCACAACGGCGUGCAAUAUCGAUUGAAGUUGGCAUGCAAAACUCGUCUCUGGGGGUUGUGUUAGCCACGUCACAUUUCAGCUCGCCUAUGGUGGCAUUACCUUCGGCUAUAUCAGCAGUAGUUAUGAAUAUAAUGGGCAGCAGUUUGGGUUUCUUGUGGAGGUACAUCGAUCCUUCUGACACUAAGGAUUUGUCAUAA